CCUCUUGCGCAUGCGUGGCUGCUGUUCACACGUGAAGCAGACAGCAUGGCUGAGGGAAAAGGAGUUGCGUUGGACCGGGCACAGGUUAAAAAGGCAGUACAAGCCUUGCAGGCAUUCCUGAAAACAAAGUCCACCCCUGACGCUCUUUUCCUGGAGGAGACUCAGCAGGUCAGCCUGCUCUUCACUCUCUGGAAGGUCCCUAAAGAGGCACAGACCAUCCGCAUUCCCCUGCCCCAUGGACAACGACCAGACACAGACGAGAUCUGCCUCUUCACCAGAGAUGAGCCCAACAUGACCUCAGAACAGACACAGAGGUUUUAUAAGAAGCUCCUGGAGGUGAAGGGAGUCAAAAACAUCUCUGAGAUCAUCCCCUACAAGGCCCUGAGGACUGAGUACAAACCAUUUGAAGCCAAGCGUCGUCUCGUGGGGAACUACGAUUUGUUCCUCUCUGAUGAACGCGUCCGCCGCCUGCUGCCAUCCCACCUCGGGAAGCAUUUCUACGAGAGGAAAAGAGAGCCACUGUGUGUGAACCUGCAAAGCAAACAGCUGGCCAGAGACAUCCAGAGAGUCAUCCAGGGCACCAGCCUGAAGGUUACCAAGAAGGGCUGCUGCUGCAUGGCACGCGUCGCCCACUCCGGGAUGACUGCAGACGAGGUGACAGACAACAUCGAGGCCGCCGUCCAAACAGUGGUGUCCAAAAUACGUGCAAACGGGCCAGUGAUGAAGCUCAUACAUUUAAAGAGUCAAACGUCAGUGGCUCUGCCCAUCUACACCUCAGACCUGAGCAACCUCGACUCGCUGGUGAAGAAAGAGAAUCCUACUGACCUACCCAAGAAAGAGGCAAAGAAGAAGAAAGCCGGAAUAAAGCAAACAGAUGCCACUGGAGAGGAAGGAAAGGAGGAGGAGGAAAUCCCACAGUUGGUUCCCAUAGCAACACCUAGCAAAAAACCUAAGCUGGAGAAACGAUCCAAGAAGAAGAAGCUGGAAAAAGCCCCCAAAGCCGCCAAACCCCCCGUGUCAAAGAAAGGAAAAGGAAAAAAAUCACCAAGCAAACUGACCAAAAGAGCAAAAAGAAGGCCGGCAAGACGGACACAAAAGUGAAAAGAAAAGUGCCUCAAGUGAAAUGAUUCUGAGUAAAGGCUCCAUGAAUACCACAUUCUCAUCAUGAACAAUUUUCACAUCACACAGAACCAGCGUUCACAGAAUGAUCCAUAUAUAUUCAGUCAGUGUCUCUCUUUUCAGUAUGAAUGAAAACGAUUAUAAACUUUGUUGUCUGAAAUAUUCUGUGACCAUUUUGUGUUUCUAUUAAUCAGGAUGUGAUUCGUCCGGGUUUAUCUGGAAUCUGGGAUUUUCUGACCUGAAAAGUAUUCCCAUGAGACUUUAGUCAUUUUUCAGUUAAGAGCUUUAUUGUCCCUCCAAAGGGAAAUCCGAUUCACAUCAGUGUGUAAAAACACAAUAUAUAAAAAGACAUAGGGCAGUGCAACACAACCUCAUAAUACAACCAAGAAAAGAAAAUGUAACCAUUAGGUAAAAACAAUACUUGCAAUAAUAAAAUGCUAUAGUGCUGCUGGAAAGAGCAGUCGAGGUUUCAAGCUGAUAAGUGCUUACAUUGCACGAGGAAUAAAUGGACAUUGAUAUCCUGUGCAGCCUGUACCUUCAACAGAGGGAAGAAGAACAAGUUCAUCCAGGAGAGGACGCAUGGAGCUGGCCAACACUGACUUUGCUUUCCUCAUAAAUUGUCCGUUCCUGAUCUGACAAGGAAAGAUACUGCGUGCCAAUUAUCUUACUGUCUGUUAUGCCUUCUGGACAGACGCAGUUUGUUGUGCCUUGAAAGGUUACCUUACCAUGAGAUAAAACAACAUUUUAAAAUGAACUCAAUAAAAAAAAAAAUCUGUAGCAUAAAA